AAAUUAAUAUAAUAAAAGAAGGAAAAUAGCCUAUGCUAGGGUUUAUUUUCCUGUUGUUAUGGAAUAAAGCAAAAGGAAAAUUUCCAUUUUAGCAGACUAUCUUCGCCGCCUCCUCUUCCUCCUAUCUCAUAGCAGCCAUGAUCAUUCCAGAGAAGAACCGCCGCGAGAUCUCCAAGUACCUCUUUCAAGAGGGUGUUUGCUAUGCAAAGAAAGAUUACAACUUGGCGAAGCACCCAGAAAUUGAUGUUCCCAAUCUUCAAGUAAUAAAGCUGAUGCAAAGCUUCAAGUCAAAAGAAUACGUGCGUGAAACUUUUGCAUGGAUGCAUUAUUACUGGUACCUUACCAAUGAUGGCAUUGAGUUCCUUAGGACAUAUCUGAAUCUUCCUUCUGAGAUUGUUCCCGCUACUUUGAAGAAACAAGCUAAGCCCGCUGGUCGUCCCAUGGGCCCUCCUGGUGACCGCCCACGUGGUCCUCCUCGCUUUGGUGACGGCGAGAGGAGAUUUGGUGACAGAGAUGGCUACCGUGGAGGUCCAAGAGGAGGAGGUGAUUUUGGCGACAAGGGAGGAGCUCCGGCUGACUAUCAGCCUUCAUUCAGGGGCCCUGGAACAAGGCCUGCCUUUGGUCGAGGAGGUGGUGGUUAUGGUGGUGCUGGACCUGCAGGUGGUGCAGGUCUUCCUUGAGACGGAUGCUUUUUCAUGACAGAUAGUUUUGUCAGUCUAGGUGGUUGUUGAAGUUGAUAGAAGUUUGUGUUAUGCUUUUCAAUUUAGUUAUUUGAUGCUUAUAAAAUAUUGCUACUCUUCGGUUCAUCCGAAAGGAAUUUAGGACCAAUGUUUUCUUUGCUAUUUGAUCAUACACAUUUUGUGGUGUUUGUUGCACUGUAGUACUGAAAUUUUCAUUCAAGCUUGUAACAUUAUGGAAUCCUGCUCUCAUCAAACAUAUAAUUCUACAUGUUUCAUGAA